AUGGCUCUGCUACGGCUGCUGUUGCUGGCCUUUUACCCUUUGCUGGCCAGUGCAGUGCGCCCUUCUUCUGUGUCGGAGCUGGCGUCACGACGCAUGCAGCAGGUAGUCGCCUUGCGCAGCAACGCAAGUGUGCUGGAGGAGGGUCACGUGACAGAGCGAGAUCCUGGCUGGAAAAUCGCUCUGGGCCCGUUCACCUUCUGCGACACUGGCUUCACCGUGGCACCCAAGUUCGAGAUCGGUGUGGAAGUGGCUGGAUGUGGGGUCAUGGCUGGCCUUGGUGAUGUGCGUGAUGGCAUCUCACUGUUUGCCGGCGUCCACGCAAAGUUCAUAGUCGACGCCGUGGGCAGGACUUGGGAGGAGAUGUUCAGGAACCUUCGCACCAAUGUCCAUCAGCUGUCCGAGAUGACGGGUGUGGAUGCUGCGAUCGCGCGGGCGCAGCAGGUGAUUGGCCCUUCGGGCAACGAGAACGACGAAGUGGUGAAGCUCCUCCAGCAGAACCAGGCGAGAGUGAAUACAUCGGACCUCCUCAAGGAGCAUGCACGUGCUGACAUGGAGGUGAAGAUGAAGGCCGCCACAGGCAUCGGCAUCAGUGCCAAGGUGUGCCCCGGCUGGAAGGAUGCAGACGGCUUCCACAACGUAGGUGGCGGUGCAAGCCUCGACAUUGGAGUCGACUUGGAGUUCGACCUUGUGGUUGGCUGGCGACCGGAGCCAUCGCCGCGCAAGGUCCGGAUUCUGCUGGGCCUCUGCAACUUCUUCUUUCAGAUCACGUUUCCAAUCCCAGACUGA